ACUGGAGACACUGAAGAAGGCAGGGGCCCUUAGAGUCUUGGUUGCCAAACAGAUUUGCAGAUCAAGGAGAACCCAGGAGUUUCAAAGAAGCGCUAGUAAGGUCUCUGAGAUCCUUGCACUAGCUACAUCCUCAGGGUAGGAGGAAGAUGGCUUCCAGAAGCAUGCGGCUGCUCCUAUUGCUGAGCUGCCUGGCCAAAACAGGAGUCCUGGGUGAUAUCAUCAUGAGACCCAGCUGUGCUCCUGGAUGGUUUUACCACAAGUCCAAUUGCUAUGGUUACUUCAGGAAGCUGAGGAACUGGUCUGAUGCCGAGCUCGAGUGUCAGUCUUACGGAAACGGAGCCCACCUGGCAUCUAUCCUGAGUUUAAAGGAAGCCAGCACCAUAGCAGAGUACAUAAGUGGCUAUCAGAGAAGCCAGCCGAUAUGGAUUGGCCUGCACGACCCACAGAAGAGGCAGCAGUGGCAGUGGAUUGAUGGGGCCAUGUAUCUGUACAGAUCCUGGUCUGGCAAGUCCAUGGGUGGGAACAAGCACUGUGCUGAUAUGAGCUCCAAUAACAACUUUUUAACUUGGAGCAGCAACGAAUGCAACAAGCGCCAACACUUCCUGUGCAAGUACCGACCAUAGAGCAAGAAUCAAGAUUCUGCUAACUCCUGCACAGCCCCGUCCUCUUCCUUUCUGCUAGCCUGGCUAAAUCUGCUCAUUAUUUCAGAGGGGAAACCUAGCAAACUAAGAGUAAUAAGGGCCCUACUACACUGGCUUUUUUAGGCUUAGAGACAGAAACUUUAGCAUUGGCCCAAGUAGUGGCUUCUAGCUCUAAAUGUUUGCCCCGCCAUCCCUUUCCACAGUAUCCUUCUUCCCUCCUCCCCUGUCACUGGCUGUCUCGAGCAGUCUAGAAGAGUGCAUCUCCAGCCUAUGAAACAGCUGGGUCUUUGGCCAUAAGAAGUAAAGAUUUGAAGACAGAAGGAAGAAACUCAGGAGUAAGCUUCUAGCCCCCUUCAGCUUCUACACCCUUCUGCCCUCUCUCCAUUGCCUGCACCCCACCCCAGCCACUCAACUCCUGCUUGUUUUUCCUUUGGCCAUGGGAAGGUUUACCAGUAGAAUCCUUGCUAGGUUGAUGUGGGCCAUACAUUCCUUUAAUAAACCAUUGUGUACAUAAGAGGUUGCUGUGUUCCAGUUCAGUAAUGGUGAAUGUGGAAAAGUGAAAUAAGACCAAGAAAUACACCCAA